GUUAUUAAUAAUAAAAUCUUGCGCCAUGAAUAUCUGGAGAAAAAUCAAGCAGCAUGUUUACGUUUUGUAUUUCACAUUUAAAUCCCUGACGUACAAUUCUUCAAGACCAAAGCAACAUUAUAUCGAUGCAUGUUUUGAGCCACUCUUUUGGUUUAUCGAUAACAUAGCUUCGUAUAUGGGUUUACUGUUUGUUAUUGCUGUUACAGUUCUCACAUCAUCUGUUGUUUGUUUGUGGUAUUUAUUUCUACUACCUGUUUUGCAAACUUACUCAACUACAAGAUUGAUAUUUCAUGUUGUUCUUGCUCAUUAUCUUUUGAUAAAUAUUGUCUUCCACUACUUUAAAGCUGUUUUUACAAGCCCUGGGACCCCACCACAAAAGACGCCACUGCAGAACAUACCUGGGGCUGUUGUUUGUAAAAAGUGUAUCCAGCCGAAACCUCCACGUACACAUCACUGUUCAAUUUGUAAUAGGUGUUUUCUGAAGAUGGACCAUCACUGCCCAUGGAUGAAUAAUUGUAUUGGGUUUUACAAUCAUAGAUAUUUUGUAUCAUUCUGUAUAUUUAUGUGGCUGGGCACGGUUUACGUUAGUGUAUCUACGUUUGAUUUGUUUACAUACCAUUUUAAUCAUCCAGGAACAUUAUUAAGCUCUCCAAAAAGAGCUGUUUCCUUGUCAUUUGCAUUGGGAUUGGGUCCAAUGUUAGAUAACUUACUAAGUAAACUGCAAAUAAACAGUACCCAUUUUGUCAGUGGUGUGGAGGAGACUAUGAAAAACUACCGUCCACACCCUGGAGGCUUCACAGAAGUUCACGAAUGGGAACACAUAGGAAUUAUAUAUUUGUUUUUGCUUUGUGCUGCUGUUGCUGUGGCUCUUGGUUUGCUAAAUACAUGGCAUAUGGUUCUUGUAAGUCGAGGUGAGACAUCAAUUGAAGUGCAUUUAAACAGUUCAGAAAGAGAAAAGGCAGCGAAAAGAGGGAUGGGAUAUAAUAAUCCGUACAGUUAUGGUGUAAAAGGCAAUUUAAAAGAAAUGUUUGGUUUAACUAAUGGUAAAACAAUAUGGUCAGUUUUAUUUCCUUCUAGUCACCCACCAAAUGGUAAUGGAAUAAGUUGGGCAGACAACAAAAAACCAAUUCAUUAUCCUGAUCCAGAGGUGUUUGCUAAAUACGAACGUAGUAAAAAUUUAACUUGGCGAAAAUUGUGUCCUUGUUGAAGACAAGAAACGAAAAUUAUUUAGGCUAAUAAAAGCGAUAGGUUUGAUAUUUCUGAUAAAAUGUUUUUGCACAAAAUUAAGAAUGAAAUAUGUAUAUACAUUUAAUUAAUUAUAAAUUGUAGAAAACAUUUGUUUCCAUUUUCUGUAUAUAAUUGGAGCUAAAUUUUUUGUAAAUUUUUUGCUAUAAAAUUUAACAUUAUAUCUUUGUUACCCUAGUGGAGGUUUUUAGUCCAUAGGCUAAAAUUUAUAUUUUACUUUUGGCAAAAUAUUUGUUCAUUUUUUUUUUGUGAUGAAAACAAUUUUAGUUUUUAUUAAAUUUAAUUUUUUGUUUUAUUUUACCUCUUUAAAGACGUUUCUUUUUAAAAAAGCCAUAGCUUUUUAAAAAUAGGGUAUAUUAUUGAGUAUUAAGCAUUUUGAGGAAUAAAAAGGUUUAGGCUAUGAGUUUAAAAAUCAAUUUUUUUAGUUUCUAAUACAGCAUUCUCAGUCGUCGUUAAACAACUAAUUUUUAAAUUGAAACUUUCCUUAAAUUUUCUAAUUAAUUAAAGAAGUGAAGUAUAUUUACUCCAGAAUAUAGGAAACACAUUUCAUACAACUUGUGAAGGAAUAAAGUUUCUUUAAUACCUCUAACCAUUUUUUUAAGUUUUUGCAUUCAAUCUCGUGAUUGAGAAUGAAUUGAUAAAAAUGUUUCUUUGAGUUCUUUGCUGAAUCCCAUUUAUAUGAUAUGUUUUGUUAUUCAUCAUAGUUUUACUUGUGAAUUCAUUGUCUGUUUUUAUGUUAGUAUAUAUAAAUUUAUCAAUUUCUAGGAAUUUUUGAAAUUUUUUGCAAUUUAUUUAUGUUUUUUUUUAUUUAUGACGAUAACGUGAUAUUUUUUUCUCCAUAAUUCUUCAUAGGACGUUUUUUAUAAAAAACUUCUAUAGAGAAAUUAGGAAGAUUAUCAGUAUUUCGUGACUGGAAGAAAAUAUGCUGUUAUUUAUUUAGGACAAUAACAUCUUUGAAAGUUUUACA